AUGGCGCCUCAGAAGGGCCAGUCAAAGCCUGCAAAAGCCGCUACCGGUCAUGCGAAUGCAAAGAAACAGCAGCAGUCACAACAACCCGCCCCUGCUGCUCCCCGACAUGUCGUACUUCCUGUCAUUCCCUUGACUAUGGUGGCAAAACAGCGGGGCAGCAUCGCGAAUAACACCACCAGCGCAAAUUCCUCCAAGCACUCUGCAAUCGCGUCUGCGACUGCGACUGCGACUGCUUCACCCACAACGCCCAACAGCAACCGUACCCCAUUUUCUUCGCUUGAGGCUGCGCUGAUCGACCACAUCCCGGACAAGUCAGCCAAGGCUUCUGCUCAGAACGGAAAUGGGAAUGAGGUCAACGGCUCAGCUGUGGAGAAGCCCGGUCCCGCUGCCACUACCGGUGCUGACAACCAUGUGCGUCAAUCUCACGACACACCCGUCCAGACGAAUGGAGUGAACGGUGUCGAUUCUGAAGCUCCUCGCGACCUCCCCACCGCUGCUGCGGCCGAGACAGCCCAGCUGUCUUGUGCUCCCUCCGUUGCAGAUGCCGAGUCCACUGCUGGUUCUGCCUCUGCAAAUGACACCAGCCAAGGCGCCCACGAUGGUCACUCAUUGGCCUCCCAGCCUCAGUCGGCCACCACCCAGUCGCGUGGACAUGAUCUGCCUCCGUCUUUCCACAAUCCUCCGAUCCACCCACUGCAGCAACAGCAAUCUGUCGACCAGUUCUCCGAUACCACGAACUUCCAUGCCCCGCACCACAUGCAUCCUCACCAUCACCAGCAACACGCCCACCACCAACACCACAUGAGUAACGGUGGCCCUGCUAUCAUGUUUGGUGCAUUCGCUGGUUCGCACAGUUCCUCGCCGGCGCCCCCGUCGGGUGGCUUCAUGCCGCCUCCGCCGCCGCCUCCUGUCAACGGUGACGCCCACAUCCACCCGCGUGCAAACGGACAUCACCAUGCUCAUUCCAGCAGCAAUGGUUUUCCCGCUCACGUUAACACGCACUUCCGACCGGAUAUCAUGCCUAUGACGACCCUUGAUACAUACGGACAGGUUUCGGCCCAUGGGCCUCCUGUCCCGUUCGAGUCGUUCCCCCCUGGUGUUGGUCGCUACGGGCCUCCGACUCCUCGCAGCUUCCACGGCUCCCAUACCUCUGGCGAGCCCAACGGCAUGGAGAAUGGGUCUGUACCGUUCCCACCGAACGGUUCGAGUGGUGUGCACUAUCCCGGGCCUGCUCACCGUGGCCAUACUGCUGCUUACCCUCACCCACAUCCGCCUGCGUCCUUCCCACCAUAUAUGCACCCAGAGGAUUUUAGUCGCCGCCCCAGCAUGGCCACCGAAGAGAUGACAGAGAGCAUGGUAUACAUCAGAAACCAAUUUGAUAACAAUGAACUGUCUGAUUGUGUUCUCGAGCUUGUCUACGCCAAGGGUCGUAACCAUGGUUUGAAGAUCAAUGGCCACAAGCUCAUCCUGGCCCGUAGCCCUGCUCUCAAGCAGCACAUCAUGGUGGCCCGAGCUACCGACUCGGGCUCUCACACCAUCACGAUUGAGUGCGACGACUCAUAUCUGAGAAACGACGCCUGGUGGAUGGCAGUGCAACGCCUGUACCUGCAUCCGCUUCUCCUUCAUCCUCCGAUGAUGGGCAACCCAGGCAACGUCAUGGCCCUUGCUGGCGAUAUGGCCGAUCGGCUUGGGUUCUGCCUGGGUUAUGCUGCGGCUGGUCACAUCCUUGGUAUGCAAGAUGUUCUGGAGCGUGGCUUGUAUGUUGCCGCAGAGCAACUGGACUGGACCACGAUCGAGGAGGCCAUUGCCUUUGUACGCGAGGGUACGACCCAACGGCACUACAAGUACCCUACCGAGCAGGAUGGACCGCACUCCCACUCUGUCACGUUGGAUUUUGGAUAUGGACCAGAGACGAAGAUUCUUUGGCAUGCCAUCUUGAACUUCCUCGUCAACGAGUUUCCUCCCAACUUUGAUCUCGACACCUCCGUUACCGACCCUCCGAAGCUGGCACGUAUCCCGGCUGAUGCCGCUGGCGCAGCGCCGUCGCCUCUGCCUACACACCCUGACAAGAUCAUGCCUGCCAUUGCUAGAGGCACGAUGACACGCAAUAACAGCAAGCCAAGCCGUCUGUCCAGCAUCAAGUUCGGAGAUCUCCCACCCACGCUCCCCGACGAUGGCUCGACGCCGCAACGCGAGACCGCCAAGUGCUCCCCCAUCCUUUCUCGCGUUCUUCUUAACCUACACUUCGAUGAGCUGUGUGAGGUGUUGACGUCCGGCAGUCAUGGGGUUCGGGGAUGGAACAGUGCGCAAGACAGAUACCACGUCGUGGCCGAUGUUGUGGCCGAGCGAGAAGCGAGACGUCUCCGCGCCGUUGACGCUGUCCGUUCAGGGUCUGUCCCCCAAGCACGAGAGGUCCAACAGCGAUUGUCAGCCCAGCGACGCCAUGCCAUGGCUGACCCUUGGGAUGUUCUGAACUGGCGGGAGGAGGUCAACCCACCGAGAAACGCUGGAGUCCCAAGGCUCGUACGAAACUGGGUUCCUCAAUUCAACGUUCCACCGGAGCCCCUUCAACAAUUCCAACAAACGAAGCAGCCGUCGUAUGAGGCUCACGACUCGAUGGUCUAG